UCUUGUCUCGCCCACUCGCCCGCUCGCUCUCGGUUAGAAACCCUAAGCAGGAAUGGAGCUAAUGGCUUCGAUUCGUUGAAGGAUCGCAGGGAAUCUUCGCCUUUGAUGGAUACCUCCGCAGCCCUCGGGAAUGUUCCCGAGCCGCGCCCCGCUCCGCUCUUCAUCGACCUCAACGAGGCCCCGCCGCCGCCGUGCGACACCCCGACGGCGGACCCCCAUGCAUCUUUCUUUGCCCUCGACGCCCGAGCUGUCGCCUGCCGUUUUCAUGGCGUCCUCACGCCCGCCCCUGGAUCCGCUGCGGAUUUCCCCGGCGAGGCGGGAGUCGGGCCUGUCGUACUGCCUUGCGGUGUCUGCGGCCUCCUGGAGACCCGCGGUGGGACGGUGGUCUGCGACGGCUGCGAAAGAGGUUUCCACGUGAGCUGCGUGAGGAAUCGGCUGCGGCAACCGAUGGCUGCUGUGGACGACUGGCUCUGCUAUGAAUGCAGCGCGAACGGGAGGCCCAUCAAGAGAUGGAGUCUUGGCGCAGCCAGGUUGCUUGACAUCAAUGCCUUGCCUCCUAGUGAUGGAGAUUUAGAAGAGCUGCAUAAUAACGGAAUUGGUGGAUGCAGAUUGAACAACUCGGAUAGAGCUGAUAUCAAUGGCACCUACCAAUUGUUUCAACAUCAUAAUGUGGGACACAUAAUAAAUGACUUUGAUUAUGUGAAUGGCAUUGGAAGCAUUAAUGAUUCUACAAGAACCAUUACUGAAGAUGGAAAGAGGUUGAGUCAGGUGCAUGAUUUAUCUCAGUAUUUUGGCAUGAAAUCAAACUUCACUUGCUCUGAGGUUGCUGAAAAAAGUGAUGUUUCUGGGUUAGUACAUAGAUCUUUGCUUCGUCGAAGAAAAAGAGAUCUUGCAAGAACCUGGACUCUUACGAGUUCAUCUGAGAACCAAGAUAGCAUGAGAGCUAGCUGUGGCGGGGAGCCCUCUUCUGAUACUGAAGUCAUGGACUCUCAAUUCAUUGAUUUUAGGAGAUUCUUAAGAGCUUCAAAUGCCUACGCAGAGGAAAAUAAUGGCCAUGGCUCCAGAAAUUUAAUUUGUUGGCUCCCAGUUCAGUAUGAGGACUUCUAUGUCAUUUCUUUUGGAAGAAUUGAUUUGAGAACGACAUACCAUGAUAGCAGUCAGAUCUGGCCUGUUGGAUAUAGGUCGGUUUGGCAUGAUGAGAUUACUGGAUCACUUUUUGAAUGUGAAGUAUCAGAUGGUGGAAAUGCUGGACCUGUUUUCAAGGUACGAAGGCAUUCAUGUUCAGCAUCACCACUUCCAGUUGGCGAAACUGUUCUUUAUAACAAUUCUAGAAAAUCUGAUGCACCAGAAACAACGGAAAGUAGCAUGAAUUUUGAGUCUACCCUGGAGCAAGAUGAUGAUAUUUUAAUGCUUCUAUCAGAUCCAACAUAUGCUGAUCAGGAAAUGAUAUCAUGCUUCAGUAGUAACUUUCAUGGAAUUUCACAUGAAUCCUCCAUGCACAUUGAUGCACACGAACAACAUGCUAUACAUCAUGCGGACAAUCGAUCGGAAGAGUUUGAAGAUUCUUCGAAAAGAACUGCUCCAAGGGAUGACAUUGGAGAUUUCUAUGUGGAAGGAAGAUCACCAUUGUCAGUAUGGAGGAUGGUGUCUCAAACUCUUGUUGAUUCAUGCCAGGAAACCUAUAGGCAGUCAGGUUCUUUGAAGUUCUUCUGCAGACACAGUUGUCAAAUACCAAAAUAUUUUGCAGAUGGAAAACAAAAAUCUCUAGAUUAUUCUUCUUCCUUAGCUAAGUUUUGCAGUUCUGCCGGUCCCAUGAAUAUACCGGAAGUUAUUCAGAGUGCCAUAGAGCUUGAUUCUUCAUGCAAAUCACUUGCAGAAUGGUUAAAUCAAGACAGAUUUGGAUUAGAUAUGGGAUUUGUACAGGAAGUGAUUGAAACUUUUCCUGAAUCACAUGCAUGUGCUGGUUACCAGUUUCUGAUUAACAAGAUCGAUGUUUUAAAGUCAAUGACUGUUGCUAGUGGGGCACUCCUAGCUGUACAAAGGAAUGGUGGUAGAGGUAAAGAUAAAGUUCCUCCAUAUGGUUUAUAUAGAAGGCCAACAUUAUCUCAGCUGCAGGAUUUCACUGCUGAACACCAACUAAGUGAGCGCCAACCACCACCAGGAAAACCUUGUAGCAGAAGGCUUCCUCCAGAGCUGGUUGGAGAUGUUUAUCAGAUAUGGGAUUUUUUUUGGCGCUUUUAUGAAAUUUUGGGUCUAAAUGAACCUCCAUUGCUUGAGGAACUUAUGGAAGAACUUAUUGAUCCCUGGCCCAUUGAUUCAAAGUACAUGGAAAGGGAGAAGCUGGAAAGAGAAAUUAAAGAUCACAGAGAGUUGGUUGCAAAGCCAUGUAAUACUUUAAAUAGUCAAAAUUCACUACCAACAUCUGGGGCUGACACAUCAACACAAGAUGUAAGUCCAUUUAUGUUUGUCCCAAAUGAAACGGCAUCAGCAAGGGAAGCUGUCCAAGCUAAAUUGGCAUCACGUACUUAUGGUAGAUGUACUGGUGUAAAAUUGACUGAGGUUCACACUUCACUGUUGAAAAUUUUGAUUGGAGAGAUCCUUGGGAAAGUUGCUUUUUAUGUGGAUCCAAAUUCUGAUGCUAGAGAAUCAAGAUCUAGACGUGGAAGAAAGAAGGAUCUAGAGAGCAUGGUUACUGCAAAAGACUCCAAGACUGAUGUAUUACUUGCCAAUCAAUUAACAUGGCCUGAUCUGGCUAGGAGAUAUAUCUUAGCUGUUUUAUCCAUGAACUUUGUUAUAGAUUCUCCUGAUAUCUUUGCUCGUGAAGGACAGAAGUUGAUCCGCUGCUUACAGGGUGAUGGUGGUGUUCUUUGUGGUUCCCUAUCUGGUGUUGCUGGUAUGGAAGCUGAUGCAGUGCUGCUUGCAGAGGCUGAAAUGCAGAUAACUGAUUCUAGAAAGCAAGAACGUAAAAUCUUGACAGUUGAGCACAAGGAUUCUGUUGCAGAUGGCACCUCUGAGCCUGUUGUACAUGGGAAGAAUCUUCCUGAAUGGGCAUUACCUCUAGAACCAGUGAAAAAGUUGCCAACUAAUGUUGGUACAAGGAUUAGAAAGUGCAUUUAUGAUGCGCUAGAACGAAAUCCUCCUGAAUGGGCAAAGAAAGUUUUGGAGCAUUCUAUAAGUAAAGAGGUUUAUAAGGGGAAUGCGUCAGGGCCAACUAAGAAAGCUGUUCUAUCUGUCCUAGCUGAGGCCUCUGGUGGAAAGUAUUUGCACAGACCAGAGAAGAUAAGCAAAGAGAAAAAUCCUAUAUCAUUGUCUGACGCUGUUAUGAAAAGAUGUCGUAUGGUACUCCGUCAUGCCCUUUCUGCAGAUGAAGGGAAAGUUUUCUGCAAUUUGCUUGGAUCCCCAAUGGCAAAUGUUAAUGAUAAUGAAGAUGAAGGUAUUCUUGGAUUUCCUGCUAUGGUUUCUCGUCCUUUAGAUUUCCGCACCAUUGACUUAAGGUUAGCUUUUGGGGCUUAUGGUACUUCACAUGAAGCUUUUCUGGAGGAUGUUCGAGAGGUGUGGCAUAAUAUUUCUAUUGCGUAUAAGGACUGUUCUGAUAUGAUGCAGUUAGUUGAGGAAUUGUCAGAUAAUUUUGAAUCAGUGUACGAGAAAGAGGUACUUACUUUCCUGGAGAAAAUUGAUGAUCUUGCAGGUGCUGAUUCUCUAGAUCCCGUAAAGCAGAAAGAACUGUAUGAUAUCCUUGCAACAAGUGAAAUGCUCAAGGCUCCUUGGGAAGAGGGAGUUUGUAAAGUCUGUGGCAUUGAUAAGGAUGAUGACAGCGUUUUGCUUUGUGAUACUUGUGACUCAGAAUACCAUACUUAUUGUUUAAAUCCCCCUCUUGCUCGGAUUCCAGAAGGCAAUUGGUAUUGUCCAUCAUGCAUCAAGAUUCAGUCCAAGAAACAAGAUUGGAACCAUCAUACUCAGGUUAGCAAGAACUGUGAGAGGAGAUAUUUGGGAGAGGGUAAUCGUAAUUUUCAAGAGGCUUUGAAUCAACUAACAUGCACAAUGGAAGAAAGAGAGUAUUGGGACUACAGUAUUGAAGAGAGAAUAUUGUUGCUGAAGUUUCUGUGUGAUGAGGUGUUGAACACUGUACUUAUUAGGGAACACCUAGAUCAGUGUAAUGAAAAGUCAAAUGAUUUGCAGCAAAAAUUACGAGCAAUAGUUAUGGACUGGAAAAGCUUGAAAGUCAAGGAAGAAAUUUUGUCCUUGAACAUUGCUAGAGAAAGUGCUAAUAAAUCCAACAAACCUGGUGAUGGUGCAAGGGAAGAGGAAGAAGGAAAUGCAUCUGCUAGGUUAGCUGAGUGUCAGCAUAUUGUCAGUGACACUCCUAUAAAUGCUGAUCCUGGAAAUGUUCCUGAAACUUCAACUAUUGAAUCCGUCCUUGGACAGGAUGGACGAAAUGAUUUCAGCGAGAAUGUGGACCAGUUUUCAAUGAGUAUGAUUGAUGCUCAUUCUGAUCAUAAUAGGAAAAUUGAGAUACAGUCUGGUGAUCAACAUACUUCAGACAAAUGUGCAGUUGCUGGUAAUGUACUCCCCAAUGCUACACUCGACAAAGCAAACCAAAUAAAACAAGAUAAAGGGUUACCAUUAGCUUCUUCUGACCAAGAAAGUAAGAAAGCAAGGGAAGAAUCUAUCGUUGGUUUUGAUAAUGGAACUGCACAGAGGGGUUUGCUGGCCGAUGAAAGCAGCAACCUUGAAAGACCUCAUGUAACUCAAAACAUGGAAACAACUGCAGUAGUGUUUACCCAUGUUGACACAUGUCGUGGUUCUAUUAUGGGCACUCAUGGAGGUACAACACAGGAUAAUAAUAUUUCAAGAACUAAGUGGGUAAUGAGUGCAUCAACUGAAUUACUCUCCUCCAACCAAGGUGAUGUGAAUCAAGGAAACACCAAUGAGGUCCAUGCCACCUCUAUCAACGAUCUUGAACUGGAUGCUUUAAAGAAUCAAAUUUCAGAUGUAGAGUCGUCAAUUUCUAGUAUUGAAUCUCAGCUUAUGAUGACAUCUUUAAGAAGGGAUUUCCUUGGAAGGGAUUCUUUUGGUCGAUUGUAUUGGGUUAUUUGCAGACCUGGUAUGCAUCCUUGGCUGGUUGCUGAUGGAAGCAUGAUGGUACCACAAGAGAAGAACAGAAUGGAAGAAUUAAGCCAACGCAAGGGUAGUGACCUUGUGGAUAUGGUCUCUCCUUGUUUGGCGCCAACUUCUGGGCCAGGUGGAUCUGAUGCAUGUAGCACAUCUGCUUGUGAUUCACAAAAGUUUAGCUAUUGCUCAUUUUCUUUGUAUGAAACUGACAAUGAUAUUCAGGAAAUUGUUAGCUGGCUGAGCAAUGCUGACCAAAAAGAAAAAGAAUUGAAGGAAAAUAUCUUGCAAUGGCAAAGGCUUCUACACCAAGUUUCUAGAAUUCUUCCUAACGAUUCUCAUCCUACUAUAAAAUCUUCCAAUAGCAAGGAUUGCGUGGCGUAUCGAGAUUUAACUACAAAGGCUGCAAUGAUCCUUGAAGCCAAGUAUGGUCCUUUCUUGGAGCUAGAAACAAUAGAUCUAAAGAAAAAAGGUAAGAAGGGAAAACCAAGUCAUGAGGAGAGGAUGUUCAGAUGUGAAUGCUUGGAACCUGUAUGGCCUUCUCGAUACCAUUGUUUCUCUUGUCACCAAACAUUUUCAACUUCUGUGGAACUUGAUGGACACAAUGAGGGAAGGUGUACCCGGAAUAGUGCUGGAUCUGAUGAAAGCAAAGAAAACAUUGAUCAAUCAAAAGUGAAGGGAACAAGGCCUGAGAACAUCAGAGGAAAAGAAAAUCAUGAUGAAGUUGAUCUCAGAGAUGCAUCAAAGAAAAAUUUGGAAAUCAACUCCAGUUGUAUUAGACUUUCAAGGACAACAUGCCCUUAUGAUAUUGACAUUAUCAGCAAAAGGUUCAUAGUAAAGAACUCUAACAAGGAGUUAGUGCAAGAAAUAGGUCUUAUUGGGUCAAACGGAGUUCCAUCCUUUGUCCCUUCACCUACUUUUUCAGUAGAAGUGCUAAACCAAAGUUUGAAGUCUGAUAUUAGUGUGAGUGCUGGUUUGCCCUUUUCUUCAGGAGGGCAGUCCUUACCAUCUAUGGGGAUGGGCGGAACAAGGUUGAAUGUAUCUGAGGAUGAAGUUAGAAGAGGAAAUGGACAAGCCAGCACUUCUCAGAAUUCUCUUGGUAAUGCUAAUGAUGAACAAUCUCAGAGAAUCAAAAGAUCUGGUCGAGGUAUUGGUAAUGAGGAAGAAGCAUCCUCUAUGUCUAUUAGCAUUCAACAUUCUGUAAUUAGCAGUGGCUACAUAGUUCCGGAAUCAUCAUUGAGACCUGUAGUUGGGAAGACCUCUGAAAUUCUUAAGCAGCUCAAGAUUAACUUACUUGAUAUGGAAGCUGCACUUCCAGUUGAAGCACUGAGACCAUCAAAAACAAUGUUGCAAAAAAGAUGUGAAUGGCGUGCCUUUGUUAAAUUGUUGGAGUCAAUUUUUGAGAUGGUCCAAGCAACAACCCUGCUUGAAGGUAUGAUCAAAAUGGAGUACCUAAAAAAUGGGUGGUGGUACUGGUCCUCUCAGACAGCUGCUGCAAGGACAUCUACAGUUGCAUCGCUUGCUCUCCGUAUUUACACUCUCGAUGAUUGUCUUAUCUACAUUAAGAACCAGGAUUCUGGUUCAAAUACCAUAGAGAGUGAUCCAAAGCCGACAAUCAAGGCAGGAAGGAAGAGGAAAGAUAUGGAUGUAUAAUGAAUACUUAUGAAAGAACUCGAAUGUGGCAGAUUUUAACUUAUUAAGGCUGUCUUCAGAUUUAGUCAUGCUUUAUGAUUCACAAAUGGUAUGAACUGGAAGAGGACAAGGCCAUAAUAGCUUGGAUGUUAGCUCGGACCUUUUUCCUGAUGCAAAAUUGCUAUCACUCACUUGAUGUUUGUCUGGUUCAAAAACAGUGGCUGAGACAAGUUUUUGUUUCAAGGAUACAAAUAACAAAGUUGGAAUCAUUUUGAGAAGGAGAUCCAAUGUCAGUGGUUAUACAACAUACAAAUUUCAGCGAACAGUAGAGCCAUCAUCAUUGGUUCAAUUCUAGUGAUAUAUGAAAUUAACCCAUUGGUUGCCUCUCGGCAAUAUGCCCUUGCACAACCUUAUCUAUUUUAUGCACAUUGUGUUUAUUGUUUAGACAUCAAGUCACUAAUCAUCCUCAGAUCACUUCUUGCCGCCAGCCCUCUGCCAUCUUUUUGUUUAUGCCGGUGUAGCUAGCUGCUUUUCAGGGAUUAAUUGAAACCGUCUUCAGUUGCAGUGACCUGUGUACAGAAAAAGUAGUUUUUUAUAUUUUCAGUAACCUUGUAUCAUAAGAAUCGAGAAAGUAAACAGGUUGUUGUUUUAGUUCCUCUGAGUUCAAGCUUCAGCUGCCUUGUACUGUAACAAAUUUUAGAUGCUGAUAAGGACUGGAACAAGACUAAUUGCAUUUAUAAUCGCUAUGUCUAAAAGUUUUUA